CUGCUCGCGACCACCACCACUGCUGAGCGUCCGAGCCCCGUCAUGGUCUUCCAGUUUACCGAGGCGCUGAGGCGACAGAUUGCGCACUAUGCCACGUUCCCGCAGACGGGCGUCUCGCUGCGCCAGAUGGUCCAGUUCGGCCAGAACCCGUCACAAGGCACCCUCCUCCGAGCGUCCCAGUUCCUCGCCGCAGAGCUCCCGAUCCGCCUCGCGCACCGCGUCAAGGAACUCGACGAGCUCCCUCAUGGCCUCCACAAGAUGCCCAGCAUCGAAAAGGUCAAGCGGUGGUACGCGCAGAGCUUCGAGGAGCUCGUCAACUUUCCUCGUCCCGAACUGCCGUCCAACCUCACCGAGGCGCUCCUGCGCGCCUCACAGGAGUCGGAGAGCAUCCCCGAGCCUAAACCCAAUCCUUCCCUCCCCGAGCACAUGAAGCCUCGCGCCAACCAGCUCAAGAGCAAGCAGGGUCGACAGAAGAUGCCGCUGCACCGGUACUACUCGAACCCGGACGAGACGAUCGUGUGGCCACCCGAGGUGCACGACUACAACGACAAGUUUACGCGCGUCCUGAGCAGCAUCAAGCGGCGACACGACCCGGUCGUGACGACGGUCGCCCAGGGCAUCCUCGAGUUCAAGCGCGACCGCCAGAGCGCCCACAUCGACCGCUCGAUCCAGACGUUCCUCGACCGCUUCUACAUGUCCCGCAUCGGUAUCCGCGUCCUCAUUGGCCAGCACAUCGCCCUCAACCGCCUCGAACCGCACGAGGACUACGUCGGCAUCAUCUGCACGCGCACCAACGUCCACCAGAUUGCGCGCGAGGCGAUCGAGAACGCGACCUACGUGUGCGAGGAGCACUACGGCCUGUUCAAGGGCCCGCCCGUCCAGCUCAUCUGCCCCAAGGACCUCAACUUCAUGUACGUGCCGAGCCAUCUCAACCACGUCCUGUUCGAGGUGCUCAAGAACUCGCUGCGCGCCGUCGUCGAGACGCACGGCGUCGACUGCGAGAACUAUCCCCCCGUCAAGGUGAUCGUCGCCGAGGGCAACGAGGACAUCACGAUCAAGAUCUCGGACGAGGGAGGCGGCAUCCCUCGCAGCGCUCUACCGCUCGUCUGGACCUGGAUGUACACGACCGCCAACCCGGAGAACCUCGACCAGGACUUCCAGGGCACCGACUUCAAGGCGCCGAUGGCGGGCUUUGGCUACGGCUUGCCGAUCGCCCGCCUGUACGCGCAGUACUUUGGCGGCAACCUCAAGCUCAUCUCGAUGGAAGGGUACGGCACCGACUGCUACAUCCACUUGAGCCGCCUCAGCCAAAGCUCGGAGCCUCUGCAGUGAUUCUCUCCCUUCUCUCGCCUUGUGUCUCACGAGCUGUCAUGUCCACGCGCCGUCUCUGUACUCCUGUCGCGGUAUCUGUAGCAUUUUUUGCGCCCUC